AUGGGCAUGAAAGGUAUGGAAACAGAUACGGUGAUAGUAGGUACAGGCCUUGCUGGGCUAACUACUGCGCUUAAAGUGUUGGAGAGGGGUGUUCCUGUUAUUUUAGUGGAGAAGACGGAUAGACUUGGAGGAAACUCUAUGAAAGCAUCCAGUGGAAUUAACGGUACGCCUACUAAAUAUCAAACAGCUAAAGAAGAUGAAGAUUCUGUUGAAUCUUUUGAAAGCGAUACUGUUGUUUCCGGGAAGGGGCUAUCGAAACUAGACUUGGUUGAAGUCUUAGUGCAUCAAUCCAAGAAUGCAAUUGAAUGGUUAACAGAACACAAUAAAAUAGAUUUAUCUGUGGUAACCAAAUUAGGAGGUCAUAGCCAUGCUAGGACCCACAGAGGUAGUGGGAAGUUACCUCCCGGGUUUGCUAUUAUGUCCCUGUUGAUUAAGAGGAUUGAAGAAUAUGAAAGGGAUCAGAAGGUGACUGUUCUUAAGGAGUCAUUGCUAAAUAAGAUCUUGAAAAGUAAUAGUGGCAAUGUUAUUGGAAUUGAAUAUGUUGAUUCAGAUAAGAAGACACGUCACAUAACGUCCAAGAAUGUUGUUUUAGCCACCGGGGGUUACUCUGCUGAUUUUGGCUCGUUAUUAAAGCAAUUUAGACCUGACUUGGUCUCGUUCCCUUCUACCAAUGGGCAACAAACUACAGGAGAUGGUCAAAAAGUUGCUGCUAGAGACGUGGAAGCCAAUUUGAUUCAUAUGGAUCAAGUUCAAGUUCAUCCCACUGGGUUUUUGAAGCUUACUUCUAUAAACGAAAAAUGGAAGUUUCUAUGUGGAGAAUUGAUAAGAGGUAUUGGAGGGUUUCUCAUAUCUCCGGUAACAGGAGAAAGGUUUACUAACGAACUUGGAAGAAGAGAUCAAGUGACGCAAGCAAUUUUGGAUAAUUGUGGAGUUACCACAAGUUUGAGUAAUGACAUUGGCAUAGAAUUGGGAAGAGCUGUUUCGCUAAUUGUGGUUAAUAAAAAUGAUUAUGAAAAGGCAAAGAACCAUAUUGACUUUUAUACUUCGCAAAAGCUUUUACAACGAGGUUCUUUAACAGACAUGGUUCAAUUUUUACGUCGUAUCAACGAUAAAAUCGACGGGAAAGUUGUUUUGAAUACUUUGAUUGACUACAACAAUGCAAUUGCUUCAAAGAAAGAUGACACUUAUGGAAGGAAAGAUUUUGGUUCUACAUUUGAUGAAGAAAAUGAAGAGUAUUAUUUUGGGUUAAUUACACCGGUGGUGCAUUUUUCAAUGGGUGGGAUUGAAAUCAACAAAUAUGGACAAGUCUUGAACAAAGAUCAUCAAAUUGUUCCUAAUUUGUAUGCUGUUGGAGAAGUAAGUGGAGGGUUACAUGGAGGCAACAGGUUGGGAGGAUCAUCGUUAUUAGAAUGCGUUGUAUUUGGCACAGUUGUCAGUGGCAAAAUCACAGGAGAUUAA